AUGCUGAUGUGCAGAAAUCUGUUGUUUGUAAAGACCCAAAGCAACGAUUGGAUCGCGAUGAUGCAUCACCCGAACAUGCAUCAUCAGCCGAUGUCUGGCCAUCCACCUCAACAUUUGGCCGGCCACCAAGCGAUGCCCGGGCACCACCAAAUGCCGCCCCAUCAGAUGCACCGAGAGAACAGGCACGUAACACUAACUAGGGUGCCUCUAGGUCCAUCGGGCGCGCACGGGCAGUCGCUGGGCGGGCUGGGCGCGCUGGGCGUGCACCAGCACCAGCACCACGCGGCGCCGCGCGCGCAGCACGCGCCGCACGCCAUCCGCGCCAUGCCGCACCACCCGCCCGCACAGCACCACGCCAUGCCGCCGCAACAAAUGAAGGCGAUGCGGCGGCCGUACUCAGUGGGCGGCGGGUACGGGCCGGCAGGCGGCGUGAUGCCGCCGCCCUUCGCGCCCCACCACCAGCACCAGCCGCCGCCCGCCGCGCAGCCUACACACACCGGUCUGUGCCGACCAUCAUCACCUGUACUCUCAGGACAAAAUAAGCUAAGUCCUAAUUUCGUGGUGGCGGCGCCAUCGGCGAACGCAAACCUGGCGGCGCGAGGUAGUAGCCCGGGACGCGAGGCUGGCGGCGAGGAGUGCGGGGUCAAACCUGUUGACGGGGGCGAAGGGGGUGAAGCGCCGGCCGAAGCACCCGCCCCCGCUGCCCCCGCCGCGCCCGCACCGCCCCCCGCCGCGCCUCCACAGGCCAACAGUAAAGAGAAGACACCCAUGUGCCUGGUCAACGAGUUGGCCAGGUACAAUAAGAUUAAGCAUCAAUAUCGCCUCACCUCUGAGACGGGACCCGCUCACAAAAAAGUAUUCACAGUAACACUCCGACUGGGUGAUACUGAAGAAUAUACUGCAGAGGGCUCGUCGAUAAAGCGCGCGCAGCACGCGGCAGCGAGCGCGGCGCUGAGCGGCACGGCGUUCCCGCCGCCGCCGCCGCGCGCACCGCCCGCGCACGCGCCGCACGCCGCGCACCACCGCCACGCAGGUGCAGUGAUGCCGACUGUUGAGCUGAACGCGCUGGCUAUGAAGCUGUGCCAGCCGGCGGUGUACACGUCGGUGCCGGCGGUGGGCGCGGCGCCGCGCGCGCGCGCGCGCCUGCCGCCGCCCUACCGCCUGCCGCACCCCGCGCUCCCCGCACACCCCCCGCCCCUUGUGCCGCCGCCGUAUCCGCGCAUGUUUGGCCCCGGACUCGUAUACAGGGUGCGCGUGUGCGUGGGCGGGCGCGCGUGGCUGGGCGAGGGCAGCACGCCGCAGGCGGCGCGCCACGACGCGGCCGCGCGCGCGCUGCAGGACCUGCGCCCGCACCACCCCGACCCCGAGCCCGACACCGACACCGGUGGAGAUACAAGUACAGAUCUGUUAAAUUCUGAAGUAAAGUCUCCAGUGUCAUUGGUGCAUGAACUGGCUCUAAAGCGAAACCUGUCUGUGCAGUUCACAGUAAAAUCUGAACGUGGACCACCGCAUAUGCGGGUGUUCGUGACGGCGUGCACCGUGGGCGAGAUGGAGACGGAGGGCGAGGGGAACGGCAAGAAGGUGUCGAAGCGGCGGGCGGCCGAGCGCAUGCUGGAGGAGAUGCGGCGCCGCUGGCCGCCCGCGCUGCUGCGCGCGCGCCCGCCGCACGACCGCCGCCGCCACCAGCCCGCCAAGAAGAAGCCGCGCAACCUCAUCAAGGAGGGUGGAUUCGGGUGCCCGGGCGGUGGCGGUGCGGGAGGAGGCGCGACGGGCGGCGGCGGCGCGGACAACCCGAUCUCGCGGCUGGCGGUGGCGCGGCACGCGGCGCGCGCGCGCUCGCCGCAGUACCGCGUGCUGGAAGAACGCGGCGCGGCGCGACGCCGCGAGUUCCUCGUGCAGUGCGACGCGCCGCCGCACUGCGCCACCGGGCUCGGCCCCAACAAGAAGACCGCCAAGCGCCGCGCCGCGCACAAUGUCCUGUUAGCAAUGGAGAUGAGCGCAAGUGGUACUGAUCCUUCUGCAGCGACUGCUCCCAGUAGCGAAACCUCAAACACAAAUGGGACAACCGAAGGCAAUAAAACGAACAACAGUAAUGAUUCGAAACGAAAGGAUAAUGAGGCAGUUACGGGCGGCGGUGCCAACAUCGAGGUCCGGCAGCCCGUGCCCGGCGUGUUGAUGAUGGACUACCACCAGCGCUCUGGUCAACCGCAGCAGCACAGCACCAACGGAGUGAGCGAAACUAGUGCGACGGGCGGUUCGGGCGGCAACACUCCGGGUGCCAAGGAUCAACUCAUGUAUCUGUCGCAACUUCUUGGCUUCACAGUACAGUUCUCCGAUUUUCCGAAGCGCAACCACGGCGAGUACCUUUCCCUGGUGUCCCUGUCGACGGAGCCACCGGUGAUGUGCCACGGUGGCGGCGCCAGCACCGCGCACUCGCACGAGCAGUGUGCCCGAGCAGCGCUGCGGGCGCUCGCGCUCAUGGGCCUGGAGCCGAGCGACAGUGCCGCCCCCGGAAUGCAAAACAUGCCAGGAUCCGGUGCUAAGACGGGAGUCAUUAGCAACGGGAUCUCCGAGUGA